AUGGACUUCCCUUUCUUUUGCCGGUGCCUCCGGGACUUCCUUCGUCCUGACUGGGCCCACGACCUGGAUCUUGAUACGGAGGUCCUGGUCAAGGUACGCCAGCCUUCGGGGACGAUGGCCUUUGAGGAAGAGCUGCCACUCUACACCACGGUGAAAGAUGUGCUGUGGAAGCUUUCUGCCGCUGGCUUUGGGCCACCGGCACGGAUGACUCUUCUCCGAGGGAGCGAAAAGCUGACGAUCAAUGCGUCGUUGGGAGAGGCGGGCCUUAUCGAAGGAGACGAGCUCCUCCUUAUACGGGGCAGAGGGAACUACACCUACACUCGCUGCCAGAGCAGCGAGCUAGCCAAUCACUCGUUCAGGAUCAUGCUCCUAGGCUCCACCGAGACCGGCAAGAGCUCCUUCCUGAACCAGGCAACACGUUGCACCUUCGACCCGGUGUACGUCACCACGAUAGGCGUGGACUUUGCCAACUGCAAGUUUCACGCAGAAGGUUUUGGUACCCUGCGACUUCAGAUGCUGGACACUUCUGGGCAAGAGCGCUUCCGGGUGCAGACCAUCUCGCUUAGCCGCAGAAACUGCGACGCGUACUUGGUGUUCUUCAACCGUACGCGGCGCGAGACAUUUGAUGUUCUUCCACAGUUCCUGCGUGAUGCGAACUCCAUGGGCGUCAGGCGCCCGGAGAUGAUCACAGCCAUUAUCGGAACCCACACGGAUCUGGAGGCGGUAGUCUCCAGUGAGGAGGCAAAGGAGUUUGCUGACUCUUGCGGCGCAAGCUACCACGAGGCUCCACACGGCUUUCGGAUAUGUCAGGACACGUUCAGUGUACAGUGCACUGUGCUUAUUGCCCAUCUUCGCUUAGCGUAG